GACGGGAAUAGCCCGAUUGGGAUUUUGGGAAUUUUAGUUUUGUCCCACAAAGCAGCGCCAGCAAAUAAUUUGCAUAGCUAUUAAAAAAAAAAUACAUUUCCCAGAAGGCAACGUGCCCAACGUUUAACAGUAGAGCUUCUCUGUAACAUUUUGCUGCUUUUCAAACUAAUAACGGUAUAUUUAGGUUAUUAGCAUUAGCUUGCUUGGAUAUAGUAAUGUGUUAUUUUACUGACAGGCUACUUUGGUAAAGUUUUGAUUGAUAUUUUAUUUUUUUACUCGAGAAUAACAAAACUCAUACAAUGUCUGCUGAUUUGUUAAGAGAGAGAAGAACCAUUGUAUGUAUCAGUAUUUAUAAGAAUGAGAGGUGAAUCCUGCUGUUGUAUGUAUAUAGUUGCUAUAUGCUGUUAGCUUCUGUUAGCAGAGAAUCAUGACAGCCGCGUGAAGCUAUAGCUACACCUUUGGUGGUCUGCUGGUAUAAAACCGUGUUUUUUACUGAUGGCAAAAGAAGGAUGCGUUUCUCUUUGGCACAACAAGAGGGAAACCUCUUCGGUCCGAAACCGUAAAGUGUCUCCCUCAGUAGAGCAGACCCAUCAAUCUCUAACCGCCCCAGUGUCCAAGAACAAGCAAGGAGAUCAAACCCCCUCCUCAAAUGGCUCACCUGCUGAUUUAUCAGCCAGAACAAGGGCUGAUUCCCCAAACAUACUACUGCUCAUCCUGGUAACAGGACUGUCUUUUGCUACUCGUCUUUAUAAGAUAACAGAUCCGCCUCAUGUGUGCUGGGACGAAACUCACUUUGGAAAGAUGGGGAGCUACUACAUCAACAGAACCUUUUUUUUCGAUGUGCAUCCUCCUCUUGGAAAGAUGCUGAUUGCUCUUGCUGGUUAUAUGACUGGCUAUGAUGGCACCUUUCCUUUUGUGAAGCCAGGAGACAAAUAUGAACACCACAAUUACUGGAGGAUGAGAGGAUUCUGUGCUGUUUUGGGAUCCUUUUUGCCGGUCUUUGCCUUCCUUAUUGUGCAGGAACUGUCCCGCUCUCAAAAUGCUGCCGUCAUCGCAGCCACCUUGCUCCUAUUUGAUACGGGCUGCAUCACCAUCUCUCAGUACAUCCUGUUAGACCCCAUCCUCAUGUUCUUCAUCAUGGCAGCAGUUCUCAGUAUGGUCAAGUUCAACCAGCAGAGCUGCAGGCCUUUUACUGCUUCCUGGUGGCUGUGGCUCAUGCUGUGUGGUGCUGCUCUUGCUGGUGCUCUUGGGGUGAAGUUUGUGGGUCUGUUUGUCAUCCUCCUGGUGGGUCUAAACACAGUCGGAGACCUCUGGGGAGUUUUAGGCGACCUGAGUCUCUCACUGAUGGAUGUUGCAAAGCACUUCUUGGCCCGUGUUGUUGGGCUCAUCCUGCUUCCACUGUUGCUCUACGGGACAAUAUUUGCAGUUCACUUUGUCUUAUUGAAUAAAAGCGGACCAGGUGAUGGUUUCUUUAGUUCUGCCUUUCAGUCACGUCUCAUUGGGAACAAUCUGUACAACGCGUCCAUGCCAGAGUACCUAGCCUAUGGCUCCGUCAUUACUGUGAAAAAUCUGCGCAUUGCAGGAGGUUACCUGCACUCCCACUGGCAUUUAUACCCAGAGGGCAUUGGAGCGAAGCAGCAGCAGGUGACCGCUUACCUCCACAAGGAUUACAACAACAUGUGGUUGGUUCGAAAACCAGGAAAUGAGACUCCCUCUGGGACGCCUGACUUGGUUCGUCAUGGAGACCUUAUUCGCCUAGAACACAAAGAAACAACCCGUAACCUCCACAGUCACCUUCAUCAAGCACCGCUGACCAAGAAGCACUUCCAGGUUACAGGCUAUGGAGUAAAUGGAAUGGGGGACGCCAACGAUCUGUGGAAGGUGGAGGUUUGCGGAGGUCGGAAGGGUGACUUGGUGAAAGUUCUGCGCAGCAAAGUUCGCUUUCUCCACAAGGCCACAGGAUGUGUGCUUUACUCCUCUGGCAAAACUCUUCCGAAGUGGGGCUGGGAGCAGGUGGAGGUGACCUGCAGUCCUUACCUGAAGGAGACUCCCAGCUCCCAGUGGAACAUUGAGGAUCACAUCAAUCCCAGAUUGCCAAACAUUAGUAUUUCUCUACUAAAGCCUAAUUUCCUGGAAAUCUUGCUGGAAUCUCAUAUAGUCAUGAUAAGGGGUAAUAGCGGCUUGAAACCUAAAGACAAUGAAAUGAACUCCAAACCUUGGCACUGGCCUAUCAACUACCAGGGAUUGCGGUUUUCAGGUGUUAAUGAGACAGAAAAUCGCAUUUACCUGCUUGGAAACCCUGUUGUCUGGUGGGUAAACCUGGCCACUUUAGGCUUGUAUCUCAUCAUGGUGGCAGUGGCAUCUGUAGCCAUUCAAAGAGGAAUCCCCCUGCAGCAGAAGAGAAUGGAGCAUUCGGAUGUGCUCAGGGGAGGAGGGGGACUUCUGUUUCUUGGCUGGCUGCUGCACUACAUCCCAUUCUACGUCAUGGGCCGUGUCCUCUACUAUCAUCACUACUUUCCUGCGAUGCUCUUCAGUACUAUGCUAACAGGAGUUACAUUAGAUAUUUUGCUGAGAAGUGCUGAUCUACUGCUAUGCCAGCCUUAUUCUGAUUGGCUGCAGAAAGGAGGGCAGAUGGGACUUUUAUUUACUGUUCUCUACAGUUUCCACCUGUUUCAUCAGCUGUCCUACGGCAUGACUGGUCCUCUUGCACACCAGCCAGGCAGCGCUAUGGCUGGCCUUAAGUGGAUGGACUCCUGGGAGUUUUAGUCAUUUCUUUAAGAUCUUGGAACUAAUGUUGUACAGUGCAGUUCAAAAGUUUAGAUAAUUCAUCAUGGGCAUGAAUGUCAUAUAGAUAGAUUUGAAUUGUUCUUUUUUUUCUUGUUGGAAAAGCUCAUAAUACAAUGAGUUGGACUCAUCAUUCUAAAUAUAUAAAUAUAU